GGUAUAAAUUAAAAUGUAGUUUUGAUCAGCGACACUUGUCCCUUUCGAAUCGUCUACAGAUAUGUCGAUAGACAAAGUCUAAACCGGCCUUUAUGGUUUAGGGACGUCUCAAGGAUCCCGCAUUGCAUAAGCUUUCUAUGCCCGUUAUUAUUUGGGUCAUUGAUCGAUUGGCAACUGUGUAACAGCUUUUUCCCCACACAGACUGCCUCACCUCACCCAUGAGUCUACCGGCCGCCCCGCCCAGUUACGCUGAAGCCAUGGCAGGGGACAAGGAGCAGACGUACGGUGGAGUGAUGGUGGCAAUGCCCCCCUACAGUGACAACCUGCCCCCCAUGCCCCCUCCACCGGUGCCCAUCCACACCAGCUGGGCCUACGUGCACCCCAGUCCCAGCCCGGGCUACACCAACCCCUACGCUUCUGACAUGUCCUCUCCCUUCUCUGACCCCAGCACCAGCGACAGCUUGGAUGGAAGCAACUGGGAGGACAAGAACAUCCGACGUAUGUUCAUUCGCAAAGUUUUCUCCAUCCUCAUGGUCCAACUGUUGGUGACCUUUGGUAUCGUGGCUCUCUUCACGUUUUGUGAACCAGUCCGGCAGUUUGUGCAGUACAAUCGAAUCCUCUACCUUGCCUCAUACAUCAUCUUCAUGGGGGCAUACCUGGUGCUAGUCUGCAGCACAAGUGCCCGGCGACAGUAUCCCACCAACCUCAUUCUCUUGGGGAUAUUUACUUUGGCAAUGUCUUACAUGGCAGGAAUGCUGGCUAGCUACCACAACACUAAAGUGGUGAUGCUGUGUGUGGGCAUUACCGCCAUGGUGUGUCUGUUCAUCACACUCUUCUGUUUCCAGACCAAGGUGGAUUUUACGUCGUGUCACGGUCUGCUCUUCUCUCUCAUGAUGGUGCUGAUGGUGACGGGACUGUUGCUCCUCUUCACCGCACCCUUCGGAUAUAUACCUUGGUUGCAGACAGCGUACGCUGGACUGGGUGCCCUUGUCUUCACGUUGUUCUUGGCCUUUGACGUGCAGCUACUGAUGGGCAACCGGCGGUACUCCCUGAGUCCUGAGGAGCACGUGUUCGGAGCGAUGUGCCUUUACAUGGACGUGGUCUACAUCUUCUUCUUCCUCCUACAGCUGUUUGGGAGUCAGGAGUGAAGUCACACCACCUUGUAGUCACGUUCAAUAGCCCUCCCACCCUCUCCCCCUCGCUGAGUUUACUUUAUUAGGAUCUCGUUUAGCGACUGCACAUGCAGCAGCUACUAUUCCUGGGGUCCACAUAAAACGUACAAAUACAUUACAAAGUACAGAGCAGUAAUAGACAAGAAUAUAAGAUAUUACAUUAAAUUCAAAAUAACAAUGAAGUAAGUGUGUGUGUGUGAGAAAGACAACAGAUGUACACACGCACGUCAUAUAUUCAUAUUCUUAUAUACAGUAAAGUUAGAUUAGCUCUAUAGAAAGAGGAGAGGUGAUGUUUUUUGCCUGAGAAACCUCUGGUGGCAGAGUAUUCCGCAAUGCCAUGGCUCUUUACAGAACAGGAUAGCCACACCACCUUGUCACGUUCAAUAGCUCCCCCUGACUCUCUCUGCCUCCUCAAGUGUAUACAUCUACUCUGAUAUCCUUAUGCACGUACUUCUGUUUGAUUACGCUCGUACAAGCGCACGCACAUUUGAGAAUGGAUACAAAUACAUACCGGCACAUAUUUGUAAUCUGACGCAAAUACACACCCACACACCCGCAGUACACUAGCACACCCGCAGUACACUCAGCACACCUGCAGUACACUCACACACCCGCAGUACACUCACACACCCGCAGUACACUAUCACACCCGCAGUACACUCGCACACCCGCAGUACACUAUCACACCCGCAGUAUACUAUCACACCCGCAGUACUCUCGCACACCCGCAGUACACUAUCACACCCGCAGUACACUCGCACACCCGCAGUACACUAUCACACCCGCAGUACACUAUCACACCCACCAUAAACUAACACAUCCACUCUAUCUUAUAAAAGCAUAGUUUGCGUAUAUUUUUCCUCUCCCUGAAUGUUGACACACAACUUAAUUCAGUUUAAAAAAUAUAUAUAUAACAUUUGAAGUGUGUGCGUGUGUGUGCAACUGCUGGGAUUUCAGUUCUGUCUGCACAGGCAAGCUCCUACCUCUAGGGGGCACUUCAGCCCUUGCCAAUCUCUGGAGUGUUGCUAGCUGUGGGCCUGUGUAAGGGUUAGAACCAAUCUAGGGGAGUGUUGUUGUUCGGCAGUUUAAGGUAAACUGAUCUUCAGGGCUGGGGUCAAUUUGAAUUGAAGGCGGGUCAAUUCAGAAAGUAAAGUUGAAUAAUAAUUUUAAACAUUUUUCUAUUUAUUUCCUGAAUUGACUGCCUUCAAUUAAAAUUGACCACAGCCCUGUUGGAUGUUAGAUCAGCACAGAGGCAGUGUUGGAAGGUAAGCUGAUCUCAGAUCUGCCCUACGUCUCCCAAUUUACUCUUAGGACGUGACCAGGCAGUUGACGAAUCACAAUGAGACUGCAAAAGAAUAAGCUGACAGUGUGCUGUUGGUGGACAAUCAGUUUGCUGGGACAGAUAUGAGAACGGGUUAAUUGCAACCACAUUUAUUCGGGGUGACUUGUGGUUGACCAGUUAAAUGGACACUGGCUGAUUCCCCUGGUAGUACUUCAACUUUUCUUGUCUUUGUUAUAUUGGAAUAUAUAUAUAUAUAUUACAGUUGACAAAUCAGAGUCAUUGCUUUUGUUUAAACAAUUACUUUAAACAGUUUCAGUCACUGUCUGGUGAGUCGAAAAGUAUUUCAAGAUUACAUUUAUGCCCUUAAAAUCACAUUUAUAGACAUUGACUUAACCAAGCCAAAAUUUGACCCCGAUUUUGGCACAUCUGGAUUUUCUCAUCUGGGUCUGUGAAAUGUCAUCAAGCCAAAUGAAGUUGAUGGAUAAAAGUGACGCUUGCAAGUCCUUGGUGCAAUCAUUUGUCUUUGGCUAGGUUGCGAUUCUCUAGCCUCGUAUUACCAAGCUGAUUACUGCCGCGGAAUUCGUGAAGCGAAACAGAAUGUAAGCUUGCGAGACUUCUGGAUGGUUGUACGAGGUUACCGAUUCUCUACCCUUCUGUUGUACAACCUUCUGGUGUUCGAGGUUACCCUUUUCCAGAAUUUUGCACUCGUUCAUCCCGCCUCAUACAAUUUAAGAGUAUUGGAUUGGUGCAACAAAGCUGGAGGGUGUUUUCACCGUAUUUCUAACACCAGUCCAUCCUUUUAAAAUAGGGGGGGUUGCACACUUUGGAAGAAGGUUAAAGAAAAAUAAUGUAGCUCUUGACUAAGGAAUGCUUUUUAGGGGGCACGUUUCGUUUCUUACAUUUAACUCACUUCCUCUACUUUGAAGUUACGUGCCUGUGUUACGAGGUUGUCAAGGCAGAUUUCAAGUUAUACUAUGCCUUGGACUGAACUGACAGGUAUUUUUUUUGCUAUCAAAGGUGUUUUUAAUUAGAGUAGUCGUGUGUCUCUUCAAAUAUGUAUGAACCGAACUCUGAUGUAGAACUUGUAUAGAGGCAUGUUUUGAGGUUGUUUUAGUUCAAUUGUGAAGUAAGAGAUCUUCGGGAGGUGGGGUCAGUGUGACGUCAGUUGUCAUUAGCUGACAUUUGACAUGUUAUACAUAUGUCAGGGGUGUUCGACAUAGGCUUAAACCGAGUUAGACACGCUUAGAACAUUCCACUUUUGAAUAUAUAUUUUUUUUAUUGUUGUUGUUGCAUUUAUUACCUAGAAUAAACAAACAUUUCCUUUUUUAGAUGCCCUGUAAGUACACUUUAAUUAUGGCAAAGGCUGGGCUCGUUCUGUUAGGCUGUAUAGGUGCACUGUUUAGUGUGGUCUCUUUUUCACAAUGAAACUGCCUAGUGCAUACAAUAUAAUUUGCACGAAGUGAUCGCUAUAGAAUCUCCAUAACAUUUGUUAGCACUUUGUGUAUUUUAAAAGCCAAUUAUUUUUGGUGAAAAGUGAAAAUCUGGCACAUUAACUUUGUAAUACUGAACAAAAAUAUAAACCGGUCCAUUUCUAUGAUUUUACUGAUUGUACAGUUCAAAUAACUAAAUCAGUCAAUUGUAAUAAAUAAAUUAGGCCCUAAUCUAUGGAUUUCACAUGACUGGGCAGGGGUGGGCCUGGGAGGGCAUAGACUCACCCACUUGGGAGCCAGGCCCAGCCAAUCAGAAAUUAGUUUUUCCCCAUAAGGGAUUUAUUAUAGACAGAAAUAGCCCUCAAUUUCAUCAACUGUCCGGGUGGCUGAUCUCAGACGAUCCCGCUGGUGAAGAAGCUGGAUGUGGAGGUCCUGGGCUGGCAUGGUUACACGAGGUCUGCGUUUGGCAGGCCGGUUAGACGUACUGCCAAAUUGUCUUAUGGUAGGGAAAU